AUGGUGUUGACGAAGCGGUAUGAGUACUCCCCGCUGGAGGAGAUUUUUUUCCCGAAGCGAACUCCAAACGCGCAAUGUUACUCCGAUGAAGAUUUAUCCGUGGGAGAUAAAGGACAGAAGCGGAAGGUCAACCCCCCCAGUUGUCAGCAGAAGAAGACGCACCUGAGUGGACGAAGGAAUAAAAACGUGCACCCCGACAUCAACCAGAUAAAAGACGAACUACUGCAGCCGGAGCUCUCCCUAGAAUUAUGCCAACGGAAAAAAAAUUACUACCUUAACACGAGACACGCAAACCAUGUGCAGAGCUACUUUUUUUUUUAUGAUUACCGCAAGUGUUUUCUGAACAUGGAUGGGAAGAUGUUCAUCGAUCGGCACCCCGUGAGGAUAUGGAACGACGACAGGAAGCGAGACGAGAGGCUGAAGAAAGCUAUCCCCGUGCAGAACUACAACUCGUUCAUCUAUGCCUACAACAUAUAG